AUGGUUGAGAGGGUGAGAAGAUUCACCAAUACGUUGAUUUUUCCUCUUCGUUUAGUUGCAGCUCAUAUGGCUGCCUCAGGAGCUUCUUUUCAGAAGAUAGUGGAAGCGGUUAAAGAGGCCGAGUUUAUUAGGUGCGGGGAUUAUGAGGAGCAGGUGGGCAAGAAGCCCCGCUUCAACAGUUAUGGAGGUACCUCAUCUGGAGGUAGGGAUUAUCUAGUAGGAGUCACCACUGUAAGUUCAACAGACCCGUUUGUGCAGCCAGGCUCUACCUAUUCUUAUGUGUCUACAUAUUUUGCUUUGAGUUUGGAUACGAUGUAUGAUUGGCUUGCUUUAACUUUGAACAAUGUGAAUAUGAAGAACAAGUAUCUGAUACCUCACAUUGAUGACUUGUUUGAUCAGCUUCAGGGUGCUUCAGCCUUUUCCAAGUUUGAUUUGAGGUAUGGUUAUCAUCAGUUGCCGAUUAGAGCGGAGGAUGUUCCUAACACAUCUUUCAGGAUGUGUUAUGGGCAUUAUGCAUUCUUAGUGAUGUCCUUUGGGCUGACCAAUGUCCGAGCAGCUUUCAUGGAUUUGAUGAAUGGGGUGUUUAGACGUAGUUGGAUUCCUUUGUUAUUGUAUUCAUCGAUGACAUCUUGA